UGUCUCUGAAGAUACUAGAUUAGAAAACCAUUUACUCCCUUCUCUCUCCAACUGAGCUUAGGAACGUGUCUUGCCGGCCCUUCAAGGCCCUGGUGGCUAUGUUGUUGCAGCCCCUCUCUUGUUGUGAUCUCAGUAGGAAGGAUCCUGGGAGAGCCAGGAAAUCUAGAUGUGAAAUCAUAUGGUAGAUAGAAUGUGUGGUGGGAAAGAGGGUAGUCAAUGUGAAGAAAACAUCAGCCUUAUUCUAAACCUCUCUGAACAAGAAAACUCUUCUUGGAGUAAAACCAUGAGAAAAUAGUGUGUGUGUGGAAAAGUCUUUAUUCAUUAUUCAUCUCAUAAUACUGACAUCUCAUCGGAUGUCAAACUGGACACAAGCCAUAUUGAUUAUCAGAAUUACGGAGAGAAGCCGUGUGCAUGUAAUGUAUCUGGGAGAGCUUUCAGUUAUCUCCAGUGUUUUUGAAAAGCAUGAAAGAAAUCACAGUAGAGAGAAAACCUGUAAAUGUAAGGAAUGUGGUAAAACCUUUAGUUUUUCACCUUCACUUCAAAUACAUGACAGAACCCACACUGGAGAGAAACUGUCAAUGUAAACAAUAUGGAAGUCUACAGAUAUCAUCAAACUUCAAACACAUGAAAGGACUCACACAGGAGCUAAACCUUAUGAAUGUAAAAAAUGUAGUAAAGUUGUCUUAUUUUUCUUCAAAUACAUGCAAGAACUCACAUUGCAGAGAAACCUUAUGAAUGUAAACAAUGUGGUAAAACCUAUAUAUAUAUAUUAGAGCGCCUUACAGACAUACCAAAGAACUCACAUAGGCGAAAAAACCUAUGAAUGUAAGCGAUAUGGUAAAACUUUGAGUUCUCAUCUAGGUUUUCAAAAACAUGAAUGAAGUCACACUGGAGAGAAGCCCUAUGCAUGUACGAAAUGUGGAAAAGCCUUCACAUGUUAUCAUAAUUUUUGAAGAUAUGAAAGAAAAUUCACUGGAGAGAAGCUCUAUGAAAAUAAAGAAUGUGGGAAAGCCUUCAGAUGGUAUCAAAGGUUUCAAACACAUGAAUGAAAUCCCACUAGACAGAAACCCCAUGCAUGUGAAGAAUGUGGGCUAACUGAAGAUAUUAUAGCAUCUUACAAAGACGCAGAAAGACUCACACUGGAGAGAGACCCCAUGAAGGGCUGAAUUGCAACUGCAGAAGCAACAACAAGUGAACCUUUAAAGAUGUACAUGGGCUGCAUAAAGUGAAGAGAGAAACUGGAGGAACCAAUGAAGUAAGAAAAAAGUAUGUGUCCCAGGUUUAAUAGAGAGAACUUGCUUUCUGCAAACAAUUGAAAAAGCUGCCCUUAGAAACUUUCUUCGGCCCUCAUGGAGCAGCUGGAACUUGUACCGUGAGGCCCUUGAUGGGACAAGAGCUCCCCAAGUGAUCACCCAGAGCAGCUGUCGCCAUGGCCAGCAAGAGGAAAUCCACCACCCCGUGCAUGAUCCCCGUGAAGACCGUGGUGCUGCAGGACACCAGCGCAGAGGCCCCGCCCCCUGAGGCCUUGCCCGAAGGACCCCCACAGGAUCUGCCCCCAGAAGUGCCUGCCACCAGCAGCGAGGCUCCCCAGACCUCCAGCAGCACCGACAGCGCCGCGCUGGCCAACGGGCAUCGGAGCACUUUGGAUGGCUAUUCGUAUUCCUGUAAAUACUGCGAUUUCAGAUCCCAGGACAUAACCCAGUUUGUGGGACACAUGAACUCCAAGCACACAGACUUUAAUAAAGACCCAAUUUUUGUAUGCACUGAGUGCAGUUUUCUGGCAAAAACUCCUGAGGGGCUUUCUCUGCACAAUGCCAAGUGUCACUCAGGGGAAGCCAGCUUUGUGUGGAAUGUGGCCAAGCCAGACAAUCAUGUCGUCGUGGAGCAGAGCGUCCCCGAGAGCACCAGCACUCCUGACCCCCUGGGCGAGCCCAGCGCUGACGGGACCGACGGACAAGCCGAAAUCAUCAUCACCAAAACUCCAAUCAUGAAGAUAAUGAAAGGCAAAGCUGAAGCCAAAAAAAUUCAUACGCUCAAGGAAAACGUCCCCAGUCAGCCCACUGGUGAGGCCUUACCAAACACACCAGCUGGGGAAAUAGAUGUGAAAGAGGGGGACCACUCCUUUGUCAAUGGGGCUGUUCCAGUGAGUCAGGCACCCACCAGCUCCGCCAAGCCUCCCCACACGGCCAACGGGCCCCUGCUAGGGACAGUGCCAGUUCUGCCGGCGGGUAUAGCACAGUUCCUGUCCCUCCAGCAGCAGCCCCCCGCGCAUGCGCAGCACCACACCCACCAGCCACUGCCCACGGCCAAGUCCCUUCCCAAAGUGAUGAUCCCCCUGAGCAGCAUUCCCACGUACAAUGCGGCCAUGGACUCCAACAGCUUCCUGAAGAACUCUUUCCACAAGUUCCCCUACCCAACCAAAGCCGAGCUCUGCUACUUGACUGUGGUCACCAAGUAUCCAGAGGAACAGCUCAAGAUCUGGUUCACAGCCCAAAGGCUGAAACAAGGGAUCAGCUGGUCCCCUGAAGAGAUCGAGGAUGCCCGGAAAAAGAUGUUCAAUACAGUCAUUCAGUCUGUCCCUCAGCCCACAAUCACCGUUCUCAAUACUCCCCUGGUUGCCAGUGCCGGCAACGUCCAGCAUCUCAUCCAGGCUGCCCUCCCGGGUCAUGUUGUGGGGCAGCCAGAGGGCGCAGCAGGGGGACUUCUGGUUACUCAGCCGCUGAUGGCCAAUGGGUUGCAGGCACCAAGCUCGUCUCUCCCUCUAGCAGUUACCUCCGUCCCCAAGCAGCCAACCGUUGCACCCAUUAACACUGUCUGUUCAAAUACGACGUCAGCGGUGAAGGUGGUCAACGCGGCCCAGUCGCUGCUCACAGCUUGCCCCAGCAUAACUUCCCAGGCCUUCCUCGAUGCCAGCAUCUACAAAAAUAAGAAAUCUCAUGAACAGCUGUCAGCUCUGAAAGGUAGCUUCUGUCGGAACCAGUUCCCGGGACAGAGCGAAGUUGAGCAUCUGACCAAAGUGACCGGCCUCAGCACAAGGGAGGUGCGGAAAUGGUUCAGUGACCGGAGGUACCACUGCCGGAACCUGAAGGGCUCCCGGGCCAUGGUGCCCGGAGAUCCCAGCUCCAUCAUCAUUGACUCCAUGCCAGAGGUGCCCUUCUCCCCAGUGUCUAAGGCUCCCGAGGUGACCUGUCUCCCGACGGCAGCCACGCUGGCUGCCCACCCUUGUGCCAAACGACAGUCCUGGCACCAGACCCCUGACUUCACACCAACCAAAUACAAAGAGCGAGCCCCUGAGCAGCUCCGAGCCCUGGAGAGCAGUUUUGCACAAAACCCCCUUCCUCUUGACGAGGAACUGGACCGCCUGAGGACUGAAACCAAAAUGACCCGGAGAGAGAUUGACAGCUGGUUUUCUGAGAGAAGGAAAAAAGUGAAUGCCGAGGAGACCACAAAGGCCGAUGGGAGUGCCUGUCAGGAGGAGGAGGAGGCCGCUGAGGACGAGGGUGGAGCAGAGGAGUCCACCAGUGACCUGAGGGUCCUCGGGGAGAACGGCUCCCCAGAAGGGGCCAGCAGCCACACCUUGGCUGAACGCAAAGUCAGCCCCAUCAAAAUCAACCUCAAAAACCUGCGGGUCACUGAGGCCAACGGCAAGAGUGAGCUGCCCGGGCUGGUCGCCUGUGAGCCCGAAGACGACGGGUCGAACAAGCUGGCUGCGCAGCUGCCCGGCAAGGUGAGCUACAAGAAGACAGCACAGCAGCGGCACUUGCUGCGCCAGCUCUUUGUGCAGACGCAGUGGCCGAGCACCCAGGACUAUGACAACAUCAUGGCCCAGACGGGCCUGCCGCGGCCGGAGGUGGUGCGCUGGUUCGGGGACAGCAGGUACGCCCUGAAGAACGGCCAGCUCAAGUGGUACGAAGACUACAAGCGGGGCAACUUCCCACCAGGGCUGCUGGUCAUCGCCCCCGGCAACCGGGAGCUGCUGCAAGACUAUUACGUGACACACAAAACACUGCAUGAGGACGACCUGCAGAGCCUCUGUGACAAGACCCAGAUGAGCCCCCAACAGGUCAAGCAGUGGUUUGCUGAGAAAAUGGGCGAGGAGACGCGGGCCGUGGCAGACACAGGCAGCGAGGACCAGGGCUCCGGUGACCCUGCAGCAGUUCACAAAGGGCCAGGGGAUACCUAUUCGGAGGUGUCCGAGAACAGUGGGCCGUGGGAGCCUGGUGCCCCUGAGGCCAGCUCAGAGCCCUGUGACACGCCGAGUCCCCAGGCUGGACGUCAGCUGGAAACAGACUGAAUUUGAUCCGAUCACUGUGAAGGACCGGCCAGUCUGGGAUGCCGCCUGCCACGUGCAAGGGCCCAGCUCAACUCUCCGCUGCCACACCGGUUCCCGCCCCCGGCCUCUGGGUGCGCGCAGAGUUUCUGGAAGCCUCACAGACGGCCCAAAUCCUGCCCUGUCACCUUCGGCCACCACCGAGCAAGAAGGGAGAGCAAAGUUCUCGUCAGUUUUUCCUCCCACAA